AUGAAUAUGGGAUGCUUGUUUAAUGAAAGAAAUAUUUUUAUUAGUUCUUGCUUACACAGCUUUGACUAAACAGAAACUGAACACAAUCAAUUGAUUCAUAAGAUUAAUUUUACAAUUUGGGAGAUUAUUAAUAAACUCUCAGACAUGGAAGAUAGAUAUUAAAAGGAAUAAAUGGAGGAUGCUGAAGAAAAAGUAUUUUAGGAUGCUUGCAAUGAUGACAUUUCAGUUUAUGAUAACGACAUAGCCAAUACUGAUUCUGAAAGAGUCUCUCUUGAAGCAAGACUUGAAGCUUAUUCUCUCUGGAUUAGUCACAGAGAAAUUGAUGAGCUAGAUGCUGAGAGAGUAGCUUAGCAUAUAGAUUUAGAAGAGUUUGCAGCUGAUCAUAACACUGUCAUUGCUGUAUUGACUGAAUCAAGAAAUAUUAUAAAAGCCAAUGUUGAAGCCACUUCAUCUUUAGUUGAGAAGUAAGCAAUCCAUUAAAAAAAGAAAUCUCAUAGGAGAAUAUUUCAUUUCUUUCGAAUUAUAUUAAGGAAUCAUAAAGAAAUUAUCAAAUUCUAGAGAUUUGUUCUAGUUAUGAAAUUAUUGAGUCAAAUUGCAAGCAAAACAAAGUUUUAUGACACUACAAUUUAAAAGUAAUAACUACCUAAGAUACUUCAUAUAAUGGUUGAUUUAUUCGACAGAUUAAUUAGUGAAGAUAGCGAUUCGUUAAGUUCACAAAGAUUUGCAGAAGACAAGAGAGUAGAGGUUUAUAACAAACAAGAAAAUGUUUGGUUAAUCCUCUCACAGUAGCUGAAUCUGAAUUAGCAAUACUGA